AUGCCUCCUAAACGGAAGCGUUCCAGCAAUGGGCCCGAGCAAGCUAGCAACGUGCGCAGUAAGCGUUACGCCUACUUGAAGCCUCAGGUUCGGCAGGUCUCCGAGAGAACCAUCAAGUCCAAGUGGUCUACGCUUCCGGAGCCUGUGCAAGACAAGGUCCGCGAUAUGUUCCGGGCUCUCGAGCGUCCUGUCAUAGUCCGGCAACAGAAUGAGAACAAGCGGAUCGAGGCGCAGGCGGCUGUCCAGGCGGUCGUGAAAAAUCUCGGGAAGCGGCUCCCUCGCAUGCCGUUCCCACCGGUUACAAAAGACUCGGUGUUUGAGUAUGAAGCCGCGCUUAAGGAACAUUGCUCCCUAGAGGCGACCUUGGCCACAAUGACCGACAGCAUUGAUCUUCUGAAGACCGAGGUUGAGAAGGAAGAAGCCUUGCUUGAGAGAGAGAAGAAGCAACUGCAUGAAAUGGAGAAGAAUGCAAAGCGGGCCGAGACUGAUAGGAAACGGCAAUCGAAGAAGGAACACCCUGUUCUUCGACAUCUCAGCAAAGUUCCCAGUGAUCAGGACAAGAAGCAGGUCGAGUUCAGCCUUUCACACGGGAAGGAUUCUCAAACAAUGUUUGACGAGCUUGAAAACGAUCCGGAUGUUUCGAGUCUACUGAAACAACUCAAUGGUCAUCUACGGUCAAUGCAGAACAACACUACUCCUCUCACUGGCUUGACAGACGCAAUUGCCAGAUCUCAUGCAGCUCUAAGUCUGACGUUUAUGCCUGAGGACUGA